CUCAAACGAACAUGAGUAUCCAUGAACAAAGAAAAAAAAAACUCGGCUACCUCAGUCAAUGAAGUUGUUCUUUCGUCAACGACCGCCGUCAACCAACCCCUUCGCCGCCGCCGCCGAGUUCGCUGCAAUGUCGCCGCCGAGUUCGCUACAAAGCGGCGCCGCCUAGUUCGCUGCAAAUCGCUGCCGCCGAGUUUGCUACACCGCGCGGCCGCUUCGUAUGAGUUCGGGAGAGGAGGAAAGGGAGAGAGAAAGGGAGAGAGAGGGGGAAAACCAAUUUGGCGAAGAAAUGAAAAGGGGUAGGGUUUAGGGUAUUCUUUUGGGUUUUUGAAUUUGUGGGCCCGGUGGGCCCCGCAAGCCGUCGUGAGCUUGGCCCAGCCAAUGGAAUCGGCUCUCAUCCCUCACAUUCUCGCGUGUUUUCUCCUCCACCGAUGGAUGACGGCUUGACGACGUGGAGACCCAUCUGACCCUGUCAGUAUCUCCUAACAAAAGCCCUUGUUAGGAGCAUAACUAGAUUGGCCCAAGUCGUGGCCGAGCUCAACAGCUAGACGAGUCUACUGAAGAAGAUCUAUCCAGUGCUUGAUGAUGCCGAAGAGAAGCAGAUGAGGAGCCGAAUGAUCAGCAUCUGGGUAACCGAGCUUCGCGAUUUGGCUUACGAUGUAGAAGAUGAGCUUGAUAUCUUUGCUACAGAGCAAUUGCAGAGGAAGAUCAAAGCAGAAGCUGCUUCAGCUAGCACAAGUAAGGUUCGGAAACUAAUUCCCACUUGUUUCUCUGGCAUCAAUCCGGGAACACUCAAGUUUAAUGCCGAAAUGAUAUCAAAGGUGCGAGAAAUAACUGUUAGAUUGCAGAAGAUCUCUGUAGAGAAAAAUCAUAUGGAUUUAAAGGAGAUUUCCGGGACUAGGCUACCAAUGACAACAAAAAGGUUGCCAACGACUUCUCUAGUGAACGAGAGCAAAGUUUAUGGGAGAGAUGGAGAUGGGCUGGCCAUCUUGGAGAUUUUGAGAGCUAACCAAAGUGAUAAAGAUGUAUCUGUGAUUCCUAUAAUUGGAAUGGGGGGACUUGGCAAGACCACCCUUGCACAGCUUGUUCUUAGCCGGGCGAAACCAGAGUUUGAUCUAACAGCUUGGGUUUCAAUUGGUGAGGAUUUUGAUGUUCAUAGGAUAACCACGACCAUUCUAGGAUCAGAUAGUUCGGGUGGUAAUGAUUUAAAUUCGUUGCAAGAGAAGUUGAAGGAAAAGUUGUCUGGGAAGAAAUUUCUAAUUGUUUUGGACGAUGUUUGGAAUGAGGAUUACCAGAAGUGGAUUCUUUGUCGCGCUCCACUUGAAAGAGGAGCUCUAGGAAGCAAAAUACUCAUCACCACUCGUAAUAGCAGUGUAUCAUCAUUCAUCAAUCAUGGGUACCAUUCCACCUUAUCUUGUCAAUGAGUUAUCUUUCAAUGAUUGCCUUUCUCUAUUUGCUGAUCAUGCUUAGGGAGCAACAACUUCCGCAUCAGAUUCAUAUUUGGAAGAGGUUGGAAAAUAAAUUGUCAAAAGGUGUCAAGGGUUGACUUUAGCUGUUAAGGCUCUUGGUGGGCUGUUACGAGGUAAACAGAACCCUAAGCAAUGGGAAGAAGUGUUAAACAACAAAAUAUGGGAUUUGCCUAGGACCAAUGGUAUUCUUCCUGCCUUGAGGUUGAGCUAUCAUCACCUUCCUUCACACUUGAAGCGAUGCUUUGGAUAUUGUGCAGUACUUCCUAAGGACAUAGAAUUUGAGGAGGAUGAAUUGGUGUUACUGUGGAUGGCAGAGGGCUUGCUUGUGCAACCAAACGAUAAGAAGUCUGCAAAGGACUUGGGCCACAAAUAUUUUCAUGAUCUAUUGUCAAAAUCAUUCUUCCAAUGAUCGAAUGACUACCCAUCUUUUUUUUAGAGGAUGUGAUAACCAAUCUCUAUUUACCAUGCAUGAUUUGAUGAAUGAUCUGGCAGAGUAUGAGAGUAAAUGGAUAUGCUUCAGGCUAGAUGAUGGCAGGUUGGAAGGUACAGAAUCAUUCUCAAAAGUUUGGUAUUCUUCUUUCAGCCGUCACAAGUAUGAAUUGAUACAACGAUUUGAAGUCUUCGCCAAUAUGAAGAACUUGCGAUCUUUCUCAGCAUUGCCAUUUGCAACAUAUUCAAAUGACUUUUUGUCCAGCCGAGUGUUGCUCGAAUUGGUGCCAAAACUAAAAUAUCUAAGGGUACUUUCAUUAUCUGGUUAUAAAAUAGAGGAGUUGCCAUAUAUAAUUUUUACCCUGAGGCAUUUGCGGUAUCUUAACUUGUCGUGCACUGACAUCGUUGGCUUGUAUGAAAGGUUAGGUGAUCUCAUCAACUUGCAUAUUUUGAAAUUGCAUGGGUGCUGUAAGCUUGGUAAGCUGCCACGGAAUAUUGGUAAUCUGAACAAUCUAUAGUGGCUCGACAUUAGUAACACGGUCAGCUUGCAAGAGCUUCCAGUAGAGAUAGCUAAGUUGACAAUCUCAUGAUUUUACCCAAGUUUAUGGUAGGGAAGGAGGGGACAGGGCUUCGGAUACUAGACUUGAAGAAUUUUUCUCAACUUCAAGGAAAGAUUCACAUAAAGGGUUGUGUAGUAAUGUUGUUGAUAUCCGAGAUGCGGAGCUUACCGAUUUAAAAGACAAGCAAGGCCUUGAUGAUUUGGCCUUGGAAUGGUGUACUGACUCCCAUUGCGUUCGGGAUGAAAUAGUUGAGAUAGAGGUGUUGAACUUACUACGACCUCACUGGAAGUUGAAAAAGCUUUCAGUUUAAUUUUAUGGCCCAUACAGUUCCCAGUAUGGGUUGGAGACCCCACAUUUGCUUAUAUGGAGCAUUUGGAGCUUUUCCAUUGGGUCACUUCCUCGAAUCGGGCAGCUACCCUUGCUUAAAACUCUGAAAAUCAGUGGAAUGGAUAAAGUGAAACAAAUCGGAGGUGAAUUUUAUGGGAAUGAUAAUAUGGGCAUUGGAUCAUCUUUACCUUGUCUAUUGCCAUAAUUGGAGACUUUAUGUAUAGUGGAUAUGGCAGAGUUGGAAAAAUGGUCUUCUUGUUCUCUUGGUGUGUCGACUAAAUGCUUCUCGAAGUUGCUUAAGCUUACAGUCUGGAACUGCCCCAAGUUGAUUGGAAGCUUGCCAAACUCCCUUCCUUGCCUCCAAGUACUAGAAAUUCAUGGGUGCCAACUGCUGGCUGAUUUACCUAAAGCACUUGCUUCACUUUCAGAAUUGUCUAUUCAAGAGUGUAGCAAGAUGAUGCUCAGAAAUGCAUCUAGUCUGGAAUCGCUUGCCAUAUUAAGGAUCAGGAAGAUUUCAAGGCGGGUAAAUUUGCAAGAAGUGAUCAUACAUGGCUUGGGGGCACUUCCUUCUUUGAAUGACCUGUCCAUUCAGGAUUGUGAAGACCUUAAGUUUCUAGGAGAAGGGCCUCUGCUAUUCAGUCUUGAAUCCUUGCGCUUAGAUAAUUGCCCAAAACUUGAGAAGUUCCCAGAUGUGUUGCAUAUUAAAAGACUAGUUUUUCAGCAUUGCCCAAAGGUUGUCUCCUUCUCAAAACGAGGCUUGCCAUCGAGCAAUAGUUUUGUCUAUAUCUCAAGUUGUGAUUCUUUGAAGUCCUUUCUUAUGACGAACACAAAUUCUCAGAGGAAUUGACACUCUCUGGAUGUUCAUCUCUCUCAAACUUACCCACUACUGGCAUGUUUCCUAGUUUGCUGAAGCCUAUUUCAAUCUGCAACCUCUCAACACAGUCUGUAUAAGACCUACUGCGCCAUCUUGUUCUGCCUCAACUCACUGAAUUAUCAAUAGCAUGCAGUCCAUAGUUGGAGAGUACCUUUGCUCCUCACCAUAAAAUGUCUCAGGUUCGGGCAUUGCAAGAGUUUGAGUUCUCUUCCCAAUCAACUGCCACACCUCACCUCUCUUCGACUUCUGGAGAAAGCAGGCUGUGAGAGUCUAGAGUCCUUUCUGGAAGACGGGUUGCCCUUGAAUCUAAUCAUGCUUGCUAUUAGGAAUUGCAGGAGUCUCAAGCAACCAAUGUCCGAGUGGAGGCUGAACAGGCUUAACUCACUAAAGUGACUCUCAAUUGUAGGGGAAUGUCCUACUAUUGAUCAGAUGGAUUCCUUCCUAGACGAUGGAGGGUUGUUGCUCCCGACUUCACUAACUUUUCUCCACAUUGGAAACCUCGGUAAUUUGAAGUCUAUAUCUAAGGGCUUGAUGUGUCUUAGUUCAUUAGAAGAGCUGGUGAUUAUGGACUGUCGGAAACUCCAUUUUUUUACCUGAGGGGCUCCCCUCAUCACUCGGGUGCUUGAAACUUUGUGAAUGUCCUCGCAUAAAGCAAAAAUGUGCAAAGCAUAAAGGACAAUACUGGCCCAUCAUACACCACAUCCCUUGCGUCGCAGUUGAUAAAAGUGAGUCUUGUUCAUAUUCAUGGCCUAACCUUUAAGAGAGUCGGGAGUUCAGUUCGUGGAGUGGAUGGAAAAUCCAAUUCCAAGAGGAAAAAAUGGGUGAAGUAAACUGUAUUAUUUGUC